UUCAAAUAGAAUGUAGGUGCUUUAUCCCAUAACACUGGCCUAGCUAUGCGUAUUCUUUGUGACUGUAGUCGUUUCACUCAGUGGAGGCAGGUGGCUGAGUGGGAACUAUGGUGGACAUCAGUCAGCUGUGUGCACCCAUAGUGGUGUACCAGGAGGACGUGAGAGAACCCAUCACUGCACGAAGCGAGUGGGCACGCCUACAAGGGUCAUUGUGCGAUCCAGUGUCUUGUUUGAUAGGUUCCAUGGGGACCCUAUGUGCAAGGUUGGCCUGUCUCCCUCCCCUCUUCAGCACUAAGGGAUAUGACUGCAGACCUGAGCUGUACACCAACCUAGCAGCUUUUUCAGAGGACAAAGACAGACAGGAAAAUUUGAGGUCAAAAUUCACAUGGCUGACCUCCCAAAUGGACUCAUCUUCAUUGAUGCAGAACCACUGGAGCAUAACGCCAUCUGAAAAGCGGAAGGAGGGAAUGCCCAAGCUAGUGGAGCAGUACCAGUUCCCGGGUUUCCACAACGACAAGCCAUUGCCUCUGCCACACAGUACCACUUUCUCGACAAUCGUCACCCAUGUUGUGAGGGCACAGCCGCAACUCACCGAAAAGCCGAGAUGCAAGGCAGUGUUUCAAAGCAUCCUGUCCUCAUCUAAUGUGGUGGACUUUGUCAUUGACACCUUCUGGUGGCUUUUUCUGCAGAACUUCAAGCCUGACAGCCAAGUUCAGGAUAGGCUGUUUGCACGAAUUGUGGAGAAUUUCAUCCACAUCCUGACACAGAGUUUAACCUCACGUAGUAUGAAGUGGUUUCUCAAGGAGUUUCCUAGUACUUUGGCCCAGACCUUGUACUGCUGUUUCUGCUGUUGUUUCCCUCAGUCCUGCAGCAGCAUCCGCAGUGAUACAUUCCUCAUCCAACUGUGCUUUACUGCCUACCAGUGGACAGGAGGUCUCUGUCCUGCCCCUGAUGUCUUUAAGAAUUGGGACUUUGAUGCCCUGGAACCAGAAGAGGCCACUAAUGUAGAGUUUGUGUCCGGCAAUGUAAGGAAUGAACAAGAGAGUGGGUCGUGUUUGCCUCUCCUGGAUAGUGAAUUUUCAAGAGACCGUGUGGAAGAGCCCUCUCUCAGUAAAUCGACCAGUGAAGGUUUAUCGUUUGCCAGUAGCAAUCACGGCACCAUGGGGAGCAGGCCAUCCGGAAACACCAUCGAUGCAGCCAGCACUUCCUCAGCCCAAAAAGAGAACACAGCGGGAUCAGAGAACAUGCCUGGGACAGACCUAAAGGCCCUGACUGGAAAGGGAAACCUGAAACCUGCCCAAGAGUCCCAUGUAGUGUACCCGGCUGUGGAGUUUAAGCGCAGCAUGUUUAACCUGUAUGGCAACAGUCCGUUACUGCAGUACUAUAUGCAAAUUCACCAUAUGGAGACCAGGUUGGGACAAGACGCAUUGGUGGUCCGGACCGAGAUCAGAAAGCUCCCUCCAUAUCCUUUCGGUGUGCACGUGCGUGUGGGCAGGCAUUUUAUCCCAGCAGGAUAGUAAAACAAGGAAAAUGUGACGACUUGUGGACAUAAAGUCAGUCUAAAGAAGGGAUAUUGGCCAAUAGAAAGUGUAAUACAUGGUUGUGUUAAGCGAUAGGCCUCAGGGUUAGAGGAAAAUAGGAUUUUCAACAGAAAUAAAUGUUUUGGCCCCCAUAACAACAUUAAUACUAACAGUUGUAUGUGUGUGUAACCAGUGUAGAAUGCCUCUUGUUUCUUCUCCAGCGUUCAUAUGACCAAUGGAUCAGUGUUGGUGUUGAUCUUUAAUUUGGGCAAGAAAAUAAACACUUCCAUAAAUCAAAGUUUGGCUUUUCCACCGUACACCAAAUCCUGUUUUCCCCACUGGUACUGAAGACCGGUUACUCAUGAAGAGCCAACAGCACAACAAAUCGUCAACACACAGAAACACGACAUACCUGACAAGAAAAUAAAUACUCUCAUAAAUCAACUUGUCGCUCUGUCCCCAUACACCAACACUUCUGCAAAGUCCAAAUGAACAAUAGUUGGGGAAAUGAAUAGCCGUUCUAGCCCAACAUACAAUCCAAAGUA